AUGGAGACUGCUGUAUACACCCUUGCUGAACGCUGCCAACGCCUCAUUGCACAGCGCGAGAAUGGCAUGCUUCGACCGCGCAUCUGCAUUGCUUUGGCUGGUAUCCCAGGUGCUGGCAAGACGACACUUGCACACAAGCUUGCAGACUUUAUGAAUGGACUUGAGCCAGAUAAGGGUAUUCGCAGCCAUUACAAGACUGUCGUUGUCGGGAUGGACGGAUUUCAUUUGUACAGGUCACAGCUUGAUGGAGAAGGUACGCGUCGACGCGGUGCAACAUUCACCUUUGAUGCAGCUGGAGUCGUGGAGCUUGCUGAGCAACUCAAAGUCUCUACCUACAGGAAUCUGCCAGACAUCAAGUGUCCGUCGUUCGAUCAUGCAGUCAAGGAUCCAGUACCUGAUGGUAUCAUGAUUGCCAGGCACGCUAAUAUUGUGAUCUUGGAAGGUCUCUACCUGCUACUCAAAGAUGAACCCUGGCAACGCAUUUCUACACUCAUGGACGAAACCUGGCUUGUGCAGUUCGAUGUUGAUACUGCAAGGCAGAGACUAGCAAGUCGGCACGUCGAAGCUGGUAUUUGUUCGACCUUACAAGAAGGACUGGAGCGAGCGGAUGACAAUGAUAUUCCAAAUGGCAUGUAUCUGCUAGAGAACAGCGUGCAGCCAACUGUCUGCAUUGACGCCGAGACGUGGAGUGUUCGUGCUGAAGACGAUGAGACGAUGAGUGAUGUCUGA